GAAUUGAGGGGUAUGCAUGUCAAUUCUUCCGCAAUUUAAUUCUGUUCUCUGCCAAGCCUUCCCGGAUAAACCUCCAUCAAGCGGUGAGGGCAGGUGUGCGCCAUGGCCACCUCUUCCACUCUCUUCUCUACGCUCUCUCUUCUCACUCCCUGCAACUCCAGCGUUACCUUUAAAUCGAAAAACUCACUCUCUGCUCUCCACUCCUCCAAGCCGCUUACUUCGCUUUACUCCCGUUCCCAUUCGUUCAAGGUCUUGGCCGCUCCAGAGCUCUUGGACUCACGGGAAACCCUAUCUGGCUCCGAAGCACUAGGAGGUUUGGAGGCCAAGGGACCCGAGCCGACUUCUCUGACUCUUGAGAGUGAUGCUGAUAAGUUGGCGGCGCCAAAACACAAGAUAAGGAUCAAGCUAAGAUCAUAUUGGGUGCCUCUCAUUGAGGACUCAUGCAAGCAGAUCCUGGAGGCAGCCAGAAGCACCAACGCCAAAACCAUGGGACCUGUCCCUCUCCCCACCAAGAAGAGAGUUUAUUGUGUUCUCAAGUCUCCCCAUGUCCACAAGGAUGCUCGGUUUCACUUUGAGAUCCGCACGCACCACCGUCUGAUCGAUAUACUCUACCCGACGGCGCAGACAAUCGAUUCACUCAUGCAGCUUGAUCUUCCGGCCGGUGUUGAUGUCGAAGUUAAGCUUUGAUUCCUUAGUUAAAAACAAUGAUUUUUAUUCAUUUUGUGCUUUUUUGUUUAUUUUUGUAUGUUAAGAAUCCAUUAGUAAAGUUGAACUUCUACUGGGAAGA